AUGGCAGCGUAUAUCAACCUUAGCUUGCAAGUAAUACCAGGGACCUUCUAUUUUGCUGCACAUCGUUCUGCCGAAGAUGACGCCAUGCUGCAAUUGUAUUCGAGCAGGCUUGUGGGUGUAGCAAGAGAGUCCACCUUUGACGUUUGGUACUCGCAGGUUGCUCGAGAUUGGCAACAGCGGGACGACCUCACACCCUUCAACGACCGCCGAUGGACUCACGUUGGAGCAGUCUGGACCUUUGACCUUGAUCGCGAUAUUCUGCGAUUGGACCAGAGAGAUCGCAACCUUUGGGUUCCUCUCAACCUUGUUCGCCAGCGUUCCAUAACCAUUUCCGAUUUCGAGCCUUGCGAACCACCGUCGACACUCGCCAAACACGCCUUACAAUCCAUCUACUCAGCACGCCGCCCAGCGGCGUUCUGGAAAAUGAGACGCAAGAACGUCGACCUGCCGCGCCUACAGCGGCGCAAGGCUUUCGUCUUUAGGAUACUCGCCGACUUUGCGUUCCAGUGGAGGCAUGUCCUCUGCGGUCGUUACAACAAUUUUACGUUUCGGAGGCUUGCCAAUGCUAUUGUCAGGAUUGUUACCCUGGACUUUACCGUCGAAGAAGCAACGAUCGCACGCCAAGGCAUUGGCCGCUACCUGCAUACUCCGCAUGCGAUCACGCCGAUUCGAAAUGAUUUCGGGAAGCAGAUCGUGUCCACUCCCGGUUCGGCAGAAAACACUUCCACUUACCUCAUACUCUCGGUGCGGGAGCUUAUCCUGUUUCAGAUAAGCAGCGAGUUCGAAAAAUAUACGGAGCCCAUGCGUCUAUUUGAUGGAAUCCAUCCUCCUUCUGACGAAACUAUCGAACUCCUUCUCCAAGCCACGCAGACCAGCGCCUUUACGGCUCCUCUUCACAAGCUCCCUAUUGAGCUACAGGAUGCGAUCCUUGACAAGGUAUCCGCGGGACCAAUUGAGAGCGCCAGGGUUGGCUGCUUACUUGAUGCUGGAUCAGUUUUCACAUGGAAGUACAACAACCGGAAUAUUGAAAGAGAAGUUGGCCGUCGGUCUAGGACGCCUUGGGCCCCUGUGGAGUCGCAUGUUUGGUUCGGUGGCUACCCUAGUGGUAUAGCAUACAAGUGAAUGUGUUCGAAUCGCCCAUAAUGAGAUCUCAAUUUGAUCUAUUGAUAUAUCGCACAGUAGGAAGCUUGACGAUUGCAUUGACUAUCGAUGGACCGUGAGUCGUACUUCCUACAUCUCCCUUACAAA